AUGAUGACUCCGAGAGACCCAAAGCCCAAGAAGACACAACCCAAAGAUAGCUUGACGUUGUUGCCUUGCUUCUAUUUUGUAGAGCUGCCCAUUGUGGCUUCUUUUAUGGUGUCGCUCUACUUCUUGGAGCUGACGGACCUGCUCCACCCGGCCCAGGUGGGUUUCCGUUGCCAUGACCGCACGCUGAGCAUGCCCUACGUGGACGGUGGAGACGAGCUCAUCCCUUUACUCAUGCUGCUCAGCCUGGCCUUCGCUGGGCCGGCCGCCUCGAUAAUGAUAGGGGAGGGCCUGGUCUAUUGCAUGCAGUCACACCUUAAGAUCCGCCCUGGGGUGGAGGGCAGCAUCAACGCCGGCGGGUGCAACUUCAACUCCUUCCUACGGCGAACGGUGCGCUUUGUAGGCGUCCAUGUGUUUGGGCUGUGUGCCACGGCUCUAGUAACUGAUGUGAUCCAGUUGGCCACAGGCUAUCACUCCCCCUUCUUUCUGACCGUGUGUAAGCCCAACUACACUCAGCCAGGUGUGGCAUGUGACAAAAACCCCUACAUCACCAAGGACAUCUGCUCCAGCCACGACCAGCACGCCAUCCUCUCCGCCAGGAAAACCUUUCCCUCCCAGCAUGCAACCCUGUCUGCAUUUGCUGCUGUGUACAUAUCAAUGUACUUCAACUCAACCAUCUCAGACAGCACCAAGCUGCUAAAGCCAGUGUUGGUGUUUGCGUUUGCCAUCGCUGCGGCACUAACCGGACUGACCCAGAUCACCCAGUACCGCAGCCACCCCAUCGACGUCUAUGUGGGCUUCCUCAUAGGGGCCGGCAUCGCUGCCUACCUGGCUUUCCACGCCGUUGGCAACUUCAGGUCCUCUGACGACAUCAUCAUCAAGCCAGCUACGCCCCCCCAGAAGGAGGACGCCCUACGAGCUCUGACACAGCGGGGCCACGAUUCAGUCUACAACAAAGGUGUAGCUUCAGCGUCGGAGAGCGCCGACGAGAUCGCUGCGCCCCCCUCCCUGGACCGGCUGGAAGGCAUGGGGUGUCCGCUGCAGCGCGAGAAAGCCUCCAUGGGCAGCCUGAAGAGGGCCAGCGUGGACGUGGAGCUCCUGGCACCCCGCAGCCCCAUGGGUCAGCAGACCAUGGUGACCUUCAGCAACACGCUGCCCAGAGCUAGCAUGAAUGCGAACGGGGGCCUGGGCACUAAUGGGGCCCCCGACGAUUCCAUGAUGCAGCCCACCCAGCCUGUAAAGAGGAGGCUCAAGGCUGUGCAGGUGCCCAUGGACCCCAUGCGCUCACAGCAGCUGGUGACAGAGUGGAAGCAGAAGUCCAUGGAGAUGCGGGGUCUGAGCCUCAGAGAUGAGGCCGAGCGGGAGGCCAGUGAGGAGGGCUCCGAAGGGGAAGAGGAAGUGUCUGAGGACGGGGGGCCACAGGCCUUGUUAUACCCAUCUACGGUGCAGUCCAACAGUGGAGCUUCCACCGGCCAAAUCCCCAUCAGUGUGGGGCCUCCGGGGGGUGUGAGGGUGGUGGCAACCACCAGACCCCCCCACAUCCCAGAGACAGGUCCCCCGCCAGUGUCGCCCAAGAGCGCAUUGACCCGUGCCAAGUGGCUGUCCAUCACGGAGAAGAGCAGUGGCGGCGGGUCGCUUCGGGGGGCUCCCAACCAGCCACGCAUCAUGCAGGUGAUCGCAAUGUCCAAACAGCAGGGCCUCCUCCAGUCCUCCUUCUCGGGGGACACGCCCAAGUCCUCCGAGACCACCUCCACCUCCUCCUGCACCUCCUCUACGGCCAGCGCCGACUCGCCCCACUACCGCCCGCCCUUGGAGGCCCAGCGCAAUUCGGCCAUCAUCACGGUAGACGCCCACGCCCCCCACCACCCUGUGGUGCACACUGCCACCCUGCCCUCUUCUGGCAAUGGGAAUCCCUGGAAGUGGAGAGACACGUCCAGCGGCAGCGACCCUCGCGACGCCUACGAGCUAAACGACCUGAACCGCAGCGCUGCUCGCGGCAGCACUGGCAGUUUCCGGCCGCACCAGACCAUCUCGCCCUGCUCCUCCACUGGCAACGGCGACCCCGAAGUGCUCCCCCCUCCGCCCCUCCCUCACACCGAGGUCCUCCAUGACGGGCGAAGCCGAGAGUCCACUUUACAACGCAAGACCGCGCUAGUUCAAUUUCAAAACAAGACUGGACAGGAGAACUACUAUAAAAAACUACAGGGUGCCCGGAGGAAUAAGGAGUAG